ACAUGGGGGCAUAUUCGGGAGCGCCUCCUCAACAGGGCGAUUAUCCCGGUGGAUGCCCCCCUCAAGGUAUUUACCCUCCCCACGGAGGUGCCGUGCAGCCUCAUGUACAAGGUGGGACCCAUAUGCCACAGUGGAAAGGAGAAAUGCCGGACCAAGACGUUGACGACAACCCAGAUGCCGCCGCGGCCGCGCCAUACACUCUACCCGUCGAGAAGAUGGACGAAGUGCCCGGAUACUCAAACAUGGGCUUCGAUGGCGCUGUGGCCCCGCCGCCAUCAUACGAGGCAGCUACACGUGUGCCACCCCAACGGGGGGAAGUACAGGGUCUGCCACAGAUAGAUGAAAACGAGGCUAGGAACGCCCUUCUUCAGCACGUGUCUGAACACUGUUGCUAUGGUAGCGGUGCCGCGCAGAGUUUACGCUUCACUGAUCUUCAACACUACAGCGCUUUUCAUUACACCCUUGAAACAUUCGGUGAAGCCCGAUCAACAACAUGGGCCUAUGACCCAUAUACAAGUCAGCCAAUCGACGGCCCUCAGAACGGCCCCGCCCCGGGCCCCUGGGACAUCCAAGCCGCCCCUCCUUCCAUGUUCCAGAACCAGCAGUCACAUAUAGAGGUGCCCCACACUGCCUCCGUCAAGCCGUGUCAUAACUGCAUGGCGAUGGGUAGGGUUCGCUGCCAUAGGUGCUUUGGUAGAGGAAGGGUUCGAUGCACGAGCUGUGCUGGGCGUGGCCACACCAUGGUUUACAGAAACGGCGAGCAGGAACAUGAGCGUUGUCAUUGGUGCCAUGGCGACGGCAACCAAAGAUGCUGCACGUGUCAUGGCUCCGGCAUGGUCACGUGUUCGUGUUGUCAGGGACACUGCAGCCUAAAAUGCUACAUCAGACUAACCACCACGUGGACUAACCACCUGACGGACCACAUCGUUGAGCGCACGGCACUUCCGGACCACCUGAUUCGUAACGUGGCAGGAAAGGUGGCCUUUACUGAGACUCAACAGAGAGUAUGGCCGAUCAACCAUUUCCCGGACGCGGAGAUCAACAAUGCUUCAAACAGGCUGGUGAACCAACACGCCACCGCCUUCCCGUCGGAGAGGCUACUGAUCCAGCGUCACCAAGUGCGUAUCGUACCGGUGACCCAGGCGAUGUACAAAUGGAAGGACACAAACUCAGACUACUUCGUGUACGGAUUUGAGAAGAAAGUCUACGCCCCGAACUACCCCCAGCAGUGCUGUUGUGGAUGUACCGUGCUGUGAACCACGCCCCAGUGAAGAAGAAGGGAGGGAAGAGAUUUGGAUAAAGAUAGGGGACAGAUAGAGACU